CAGGCCUGCCCACAAGCAUUUGCCCCUGUCAGUCAGUGUGACUGCCCCCCUUUCCUCCUAACCCCAUAGGAAGGUCCAACUCUUUUUCUGUCACUCUCACAUUUGUUCUCUCUAUGUCCCCAGCAUUGACCAGUUACUGACGGCGCUCCACUCAGCUUCUAAUUGCAGUCUUAGCUGAUCACACAAGCACUGCAUUGGACUAAACAACACCCUGUCUUGUGAAUCUUGUCCCAGAUUCACAGCGAAGAUCCCUCUUUUCAUUUCUGACAAGACUCCGGAACAAGUUUCUGGAUCUCAGCUUGGAGUAUCUUCUCUGCACUGGACCUUGUCUAUGGGAUACCAUUAUAUUUGGUGUCCAGUCCUGACUGUAGCAGUUUACCUGAGUGUGUGCACACCCGAGUGUGUUUGAAUUUGUGAGGGUGUGUGUGUGAGACGAAUAGGCAAAGAGCUGCGGUGCUGGACUCCUGCAGUGAUUCCAGGUUAAUUCCUCACUAAUUGGCACAGUUGUCGCUGUGAACAUGGCAUCAUUGAGAAGUUUGAUUCUUUCGCUGCUUCUGGCGCUGCUGUGCUCCUUCCACACACCGCUGGCUCCCGGUUGCAAGGCACAAGAUCUGCCAUUCCACUCUGAGCAAGGUCUGGUGGCUGACGACGAUGAUGACGACGAUGAUGACGACGACGAUGACGACGAUGAUGACGACGACGAUGACGACGACGAUGAUGAUGACGAUGAUGACGACGAUGAUGACGAUGACGACGACGACGACGACGAUGAUGACGAUGAUGACGAUGAUGAUGACGAUGACGACGAUGAUGACGAUGAUGAUGAUGAUGAUGACGAUGAUGACGAUGAUGAUGAUGAUGAUGAUGAUGAUGAUGACGAUGACGACGAUGAUGACGACGACGAUGAAGACGAUGACGACGAUGAUGACGACGACGAUGACGAUGAUGAUGAUGAUGAUGAUGAUGACGACGACGAUGAUGAUGAUGACGACGAUGAUGACGAUGAUGAUGACGAUGAUGACGACGACGACGAUGACGACGAUGAUGACGACGAUGAUGACGACGACGACGACGACGAUGACGAUGAUGACGACGAUGAUCAUGAAGAUGGCAAAGAUGAUGAUGACGACGAUGAUGAUGACGACGACGACGAUGACGACGACGACGACGAUGACGACGAUGACGACGAUGAUGCUUAUCACAAGGGCUCUGUGUGCACAUAUUGUGAAUUCUGUGAGCACUGUGACGAAUGUGAAAAAUGUCCUUGUGAAGAGGGAGACAAGUCUGAAAUCUGUGAUCACUGCAAGAUGUGCAGUUUCUGUCAUGUGUGUGCUGUUUGCCAAACCGUUUGCCAGCCCGGGGGUUUUCUUGAUGAAGUGACUGGAUCAAUCUACAAGACCGUGGCUGAUGUGUUUGAUGAUGAUAACAACUGAGUCCGACCAUUUGGCCAAACUAAUAUGCUUCACUUCACCUCUGAUUUUCAUUGUUAUUUUGUCUUUUUCCUUGAGAACAUCAUGUUUGCUCGCCAAUGAGCAGAAAUUGUUAAAGAAGUAACUUAAUAUAUGUGCGUACUGUUAACUUACAAGUCUAAGUCAUACUCUUAAGGAAAAUGAUAUAUUUGAAAUCAUAUUUGGGAUAUGUUAAAUAAAAAAGGGGAUAUAAAAAGCGCAA